AUGAAGCGAACCAAAGCAGAGACCGAAAAGGUGCGUCAGCUUUCUGUUUGCGAGCCCAACGAGCUUGCGCUGUUGCUUGCCAAUGGAGAGUUGUCUUGGAUUGUUGAUCAUUUUGGACCAAAGAGCUCUGCUGCUCAUACAGUGUUGUUGUGCCGACUGGUGCUGGCUGAAGGAGAGCUGGUCGAUGGCGUCCUGGAGAAGAAAGUGCCAGUGCUCGUCCAGAAAGCAAUAGAUGUCAACUUUGAAAGACUCAGCGCUCUGCUCUGUGUCAUUUAUGAUUAUGGUCAGUUUGGAGCAGUAUCUCAAUAUCUGCAGAGCGUGGUGGAAUUAAUCACUCGAAGGCAGACUCUGGCUCUGGACGACGUCAAUUUUGUGGUACGCAUCACCAACCACAAACCAAACAGAAAGUAUUUGAGACAGGCGGGAUUUCUGGCUCAUUUCAGGGCAGACCCUCACUUCCAGCUGCUUUUCUCGUAUAUCUACAAGGAUGCUGACGUGAGCGAUCGCGCAUUCAGACGUCUUUGCCUGAGCUCGGAGGUGUGCAUGUAUCGCGAGUUGUUAGAGCUCAGGCGCAGCUUUGAGACGUUUGUCAGUGUUGUUUCGGAAAAUACCAUCGAAAGACUGUAUGAUGAGCUUGAGCUUCGGUCGUCAAGUAAAGAGUUUUCCGUCUGGCUUGAGAUCGCGCAGCAGGAACCCGUGAAAAGCGUUGCAGACAUAGGUUUCUCUUCUGCUGUGGAAUUUUUGGAGCGCGCUCAGCUGCAACACGAGGCUCAGACAGAACGCCAGCUGCAGCAGGCCGUUGACAGCAUUCUUGCACGGGUGAAGCAGGGGAAGAGCAGCAAGUACUGUGUUCCGGUCGAGCAGAUCACUGUACAGGAAGCUCUGGGGGGACUUGUAAGUGACAGCUUGAAGUGCGAAGUUAUACUGAACACCGAAGAACAGCAGGGACCUAAGAGUUUGGCUACCGAGCAUGGGGUGUUUUACGGUGACAAAAUUAUUCCGUUCAAAGUGGAACUUGAAGAAAUGCGCAAGGGUGGGUUUUCUAGGCUUACAGCUGUUGUGGACGCACAGUAUAGAGCGGACCUUGCGGACGUCAAAUAUGCAAUUAGUGCUGGCGGCCAGACUCGUAAUCUGGAAGUCCAGUUUCCAAAAUGGAUGGAUCAACUUUUUUCGGAGCAUGACGACAACAGGGGCAGUAGUCAGAAUGACUCAAAUUUCACGUUCAUCGCCGGGCCCACCUGUUCAGGAAAAUCAGGGAAGGUUAGUCAGCUGGUAAACUCUUCCAAUGGGAGAGUCCUCGUGGUAGCAAGAAAGAGAAAGAGCUUUGAUGCGCUGGACGUCUCUGUGGACCGUCCUGUCGAGUAUAACGAGGCACUGGCGAACGUGAGAAAGUUGGCGGCCUCAUUGGAUACCGAUCCGGAAGACAUCUAUGACUUCCAGUCGGCAUAUGCGUUUUACAAGAAUGUGGUGGAACCCAAGUGGGCCUUUUUUUCCCAGAGUCCCGAAACGGGCUAUCCCUUUGGCGAGGUUGAAAAACCUAUCGAACACUACAAUGCAAUCUUGAGUCUCUUUCGCCAAUUAGAGCUCGCCGAUAAAAUACAGCAUUACCCCAACGCUCGUUAUUUUGGGCAACGAAUAACUUUUCUAGCAUUUGACGAAAUCAACGAAAACACGCACCUGAAGUACGACCAUCUUUUCAUUCUUGAUGCCUCGUUGUUCAGCGCUUAUGAGUUUUGCUCUGUACUGGAAAGAAACACCGUCUCGUUGAAGUCACUAACGGUGGUUGGAAAUCCACUGGUGGCCAGAACCCAGUCUCUUCUCACCCUGCUACCAUUUACCGACUAUCUCACAGUCCAGCACAAUAUUCGCCAGGAGCUUGCGCAGUUUGCGCCUGGAACUGUCUUAGAAGCUCCUUUGGAGAUUGCCAACCCUGGAAUCAAGGAUGCUUGCCAGUUUGUAACCGUGAAUACCUGCGAGUCGCCAGCUGGCCACGGCUUUCAGAAUCUGGAGGAAGCAGAAUAUUGCGCGCUGUUGUUCAUCUACAUGGUCAUUCUGGGCUACCCAGCAAGCGAGAUAGCCAUUUUGACGGCUUACCCGGAACAGAGGGUUCUAGUCAAUGAGAUCAUCGCCAAGAAGACUGCGGAGCUAGGAAUCAGCGCAUCUGCUGAAGUCUUGGUAGCAACAGAAAAAAAUGGCGGGAAGUACAGAUAUCUGCUGAUUUCUUUGGUCAAAACCAAUUCCACAGACGUAUGGACGAACCCGUCCAUAGCCCUAGGCACCAUUCAGCUGGCAACACACGGAUUGUAUGUUUUCGGCCAGCGGAAAAACUACGCCAAAACAAUAUUCAGCUUGCUACCGGCGGGCCCGCUGUGUCUGGCUGCUACAGAAAAAUAUGAAAACUGUACCCGAAAAGUGUCGGAUACUUUGACCAGCAGCACAGCGAUGAGGUCUGCGUCCCAGCUGGAAAAGCUGGUGGCUCAUUUAGUUUCGCAAAAAUAA